CACAGUUCUGCGCAUAUUUCUGGAGAACCUUAUUACUUUACACUGGAAUUUUUAAGGAUCCAUAAUUUAAACGAUGUCUGAAACGGCGGCACGAUUACAAUCCCACAACCAGGAAAUGGUCAAGUGCCUCAAUCUGCUUCGCAGCCAGCAAACGGCACUGGAGGAAAGGAUAGCAAUGCAGGAAAAGAAAAAGGACUCACUCACCAAGGAGAUGGAGAAGCUGCAGCGCAUGUUGGAUCAGCUGGAAUUUUCCAUCUCUGAGGAUACGAAAAAGCUCAACGACUGUUCGAAACGGCUCGCUGAAACGGAGCACGGUUACACGAAGGUGGUUGACACGCUGCAGCUCCUACUACUGUCCGCCAAGGAGAAAGUAGGCACCCCCGGCCUCACGCACGAUGAUACCAACAAACACACGAGUUAGCAUGUUAGCAAAUACACGGCCAAGCUGGCUUAUACAU